AUGGCAGACUCAGUGUUAGACACCACGCAACAUGUCAAUGAUGAACAACCCACCGAGAAUGGAACGGAGCAGCGGCCCCUGAAAUCUUUCCGUAGUGCCAUCUCGAGAACCGUGGAAAAAGCAAGAUCAACACCAGCUGAAUACCAAGAUGCCAAGUACCCUGAGGGCGGUCUCCGUGCGUGGCUCGUUGUGCUGGGCUCCUGGUGUGCUAUGAUGCCUUCGAUGGGGCUGUUGAAUACCAUAGGAGUCCUCCAUGCUUGGACCUCAAACCAUCAACUGGCCGAGUAUUCAUCUUCAAGCUUGGGAUGGAUCUUUGGUGCUUUUAGCUUUUUUCUCUAUUUUGGCGGUGCUCAAGUUGGCCCUAUCUUCGACAGCCGAGGAGUGCUACCGGUGGUCGUGCCAGGAUCUAUUGGCAUAGUACUAUCCAUAUUCUUUUUCAGUGCAAGUACCGAAUACUAUCAGAUCUUCUUAUCUUUCAGCGUUCUGGGUGGUAUCUCGUCUUGCUGCCUGUUCACCCCAGCCAUCUCUGCUGUGGGCCACUGGUUUGACGUACGCCGUGGCCUUGCAACCGGCAUUGCUUGCACUGCCGGCGGCCUCGGAGGCGUCUUCUUCCCUCUAAUUAUCCUUUAUGUCGGACCGACACUCGGCUUUGCCUGGGCAAUGCGUAUCAUCGGGAUUAUCUGCUUCGUCCUGUGUGUCUUGGCGUGUUUACUACUCAAGACUCGGUUACCACCCAACAACCAAGGUGGCAUGGCAAUUGACCUAAAGGCCCUCUGGGAACCGAAAUACGCCCUAACCACACUGGCUGUAUGGCUCGUCGAGUUCGCCGUCUUCAUCCCAUACACAUAUGUUGUCUCAUAUGGGUUAUACGCCGGGAUGGAACCUUCGAUGGCAUACAAACUGAACAUGCUUUUGAACGUGGGGGCUAUCCCGGGACGAGCGUUGCCGGGAGUGCUUGCCGACCGAAUGGGACGGUUCAACGUAAUGACUCUAACGGCUGUUGUUUGUGCGAUAUGCACACUUGCUUUGUGGUAUAAGGCGGGCACGAACGACGGUGCGAUCAUUGCGUACGUGGUCCUGUUUGGAUUCUGGAGUGGCGCGGCAAUUAGCUUGACGCCGGUGUGUAUCUCGCAGGUGUGCCGGACGGAGGAUUAUGGGAAGCGGAAUGGGACAACAUUCACUCUGGUCAGCGUGGGAACAUUGAUCGGAAUUCCUCUUGCUGGUGCCAUACAGGAAAGUAACGGAGGCGAGUACUGGGGGUUGAUUAUCUUUGCCGGGGUUUUGUAUCUGGCGUCGGCUGUUGCGUUUGCGGUCGCUAGAGGGGUUUCUGGGGGUUGGGGAUGGAAGAUCAAGUUUUAA